CUCACCAAUAAUUCCUCACACAAGCAUGGCAGCGCCGAUACGCUCCUUUUCCGCCUCACACUGGCUUCGCUCAUCAGCGGCAUCAUCAUCACGCACUUUUGUCGCCACAGCUCGCGCUGCGUCUUCGCAUGAGCGCACAGAGUCGCCCGCCCGUCAGCACAGAAAGGGAUUGUCGGGCGGCGUUGAGCAUGACCCUCAGACCGAGCAGCCUCGCAAUGCUUCCAGCCAAUUCAAAGCUGAGGCGGCAGCUAGCAAGCAGCAGAGCAUCGAGGACUAUGCAUCUGGAUUUGCAGGGCCAGGAGCGCAGAUGGGUGGCCUCGCAAAGGCGCAAGCCGUCGGAGGUACAGGCGAGGCAACAACGCAGCAGGCAAAAGACUCGGUCCUCUCAUCGUUGGAAGCUGGUGCCCUCGCCUCAGGCGCAGCCUCGACAUCAGCAUCCCCCGUUCCUCCACCACCUUCUACUCCCGGCUUCCCUCUGGGCGGGCUAGGCUACACGCCCACCACCCUUCCUCCCAAGUCGGAUGAGCUCCUCGAAUCCUUCGUUGGCUACCUUCAACGAGACGGCAAGAAGGCUCAAGCCACAUCUCACGUCCUCAAGAUGCUCUCACACCUCUCCGCAGCCCUCAAUUCGGAUCCACUGCCCGCUCUCCGCCAUGCAGUAGAGUUGGCUGCGCCCCUCGUCAAGAUGCAGUCACACACAGUCGGCGUAAAGACGACCAUGGUCCCCGUAGCGCUCAAUGCUCGUCAGCAGCGCCGAAAGGGGAUCAUGGCAAUCAUCACUGCGUCGGGAAAGAGAAAUGAUAGGGAGAUUGACAGGAGGUUGGCGAGGGAGGUCGUGGCUGUUUUGGAGGGCACGAGCGAGACGUUGAAGAGGAAAGACGAGGUGCAUAGAGACGCUGUGAGAAACAGGGCAAACGUGGGAGUCCGCAUGUGAGCAAAAGAGUGCAGGGAGAAGCAGUGCGCAUGUAUGAUUCCAAAGGUCAUGACGUUAUCUUGUUGGCGUAGCAAGGGAAUGACAAGACUACCACAUGGUCUGCCUCAGUCGGACCCAAUUUGACCGACUCCUCCUCUCUACGCGCCUAGUUGCGCUUCCUGAAAUCGAUGCUGAUAUCCAAGCAAGUCAACUGCUCCGGCUCGGGCUCCUCACCACCGUCAU